CUUCCUACGUCAUCACCAAGCGACACUUUAGUCACGAAAAACGCCGAUCUUAUCAACAUUCUUUCUAAGUUUCCCGACGUAAUUCAUCCCCGCUGUCGAACUUACCAAAGCUCCAAAUAGAGCGGAGAAGAUGGCAGUCAAACAGAAGAGGGCAUGACGGCCUUUGAGCUGCUGGCCGCCGUCUGCCAUGGGGAUGAGCGGGAUCCCUUCCCGCUGUGGCAGGACGGACACGUCGGCGUGUGUUUCAACCAGCUGCUGCUCGGAGUGCUGCCUCACGCCGUCAUGGCCGCCCUCUGCGCCUUCUACCUGGGCGUGGCCACCGGCGGCCGCCUGCAAACAUCUUCCUCUGGCGGCUGGAAUCUGCGUCUGGUUUCGACGCUGCUGGCGGCGCUGCUCUUCGCUGCUGAUGCUGCCGUGGUGGGCGUGGCCCAGCAGGCGGACAUGUACCUGGACCUCCUGGCCGACGCCAGCGCCGUACUGGCCUGGCUGCUGCACGUCGGCGCCAUGGCGACGCUCCGGCGGACGUCGGCUUUCCGGAGGAGGCGUGGCCCCUCGCUGCUCCCUCUCUCGGUCCUUCUCUGCGUUCCACACGCUGUUCUCACCUUGAUGUUCUACCUGGCAGACCGGGAGGACUACCUGACCCCGACCAAACUGCUCCACUUGACACGUCUGGUGCUGGCCUCCACGCGGGCGUUCCUGGUCCUUCUCUAUCUUUUGGGCGUGGCGUGUCCCUGCGUGGGCGAGGCGGACGCCGGGAACAUCCAAGAUGCGGACGGACAGCCUCUCAUUCCGGAGGACGGCGAGCCGGACACUGGCGAGAUGGUGGCAGAGGACGGCAGCGGUUGUGUCUCCCGCCUCCUCUACCUGUGGCUGACCCCGCUCCUCAGGCGAGGACAGCGGGGCGAGCUGCGGCGACCGGCUGACGUCUACCACCUCCCCCGCAGCCUGCGCACCGCCGUCAUUCGCCGACACUUCCAGCACAGCUGGGCCACGUGUCACAGGGGGGCGGCGGUGCUCCCCGUGCGGGAUCCGUGGCCCCGCCCGGUCCAGGGUGGCAGCGGCGGUCUUCACUCCCAGGAGGAGCCACUGGAGCUGGAGGGCGACGUGAGCCUGCUCCGGGUUCUGCACACGGCUUACGGAGCACGUUAUUACCUUCUGGCCUUGUUGAAACUGAGCGUGAACCUGCUGAGGUUCUCCGGGCCGCUCCUCCUCAACGUCCUGGUCAGCUUCAUGGAGGACCAGGGUGCUCCGGUCAGCAGGGGCGCCUGGUGCGCCGCCGCCCUCUUUGCCAGCACGCUCCUGUGCUCCGUCCUCCAGAACAUCUUCACCUUCCGGGUCUCCAAGGUGGCGCUGUCCGCCCGCACCGCUCUCGUGUCGGCCGUCUACAGCAAAGCGCUGCGGGUGGGCGGCGGCGGCCUGGCCCGCUUCUCCCUCGGGGAGGUGGUGAACCUGAUGAGCACGGACACGGACCGCGUGGUCAACUUCUUCAACAGCUUCCAUGAACUGUGGAGUCUCCCCUUCCAGCUGGCCCUGGUCCUCUACCUGCUCUACACGCAAGUGGGCGUGGCCUUCCUGAGCGGGCUGGCUGUGGCGCUGCUGCUGGUCCCCUUCAACAAGUUCCUGGCCUGUCGCAUCCUGAGCAACAACCAGGACAUGCUGAGGUACAAGGACAGCCGGGUCAAGUUGAUGACGGAGAUCCUCUUCGGGAUUCGGGUCAUCAAGUUCUACAGCUGGGAGGCCCACUUCACUCAGAAGGUGUCCGAGUAUCGCCAGGGAGAACUGACGCACCUCAAGGCCCUCAAGUACCUGGACGCCAUGUGUGUGUACACCUGGGCUGCCCUCCCCGUGGUCAUCUCCAUCCUCACCUUCCUCACCUACGUGCUGCUGGGACACCAGCUGACCGCCCCCAAGGUGUUCACCACGCUGGCUCUGGUCGGAAUGCUGAUCGUUCCGCUCAACGCCUUCCCGUGGGUGCUGAACGCCAUCCUGGAAGCCAAAGUGUCGCUGGAGAGAAUCCAGCGCUUCUUCAAGCUGACCAAUCAGGAUCUUCAGGCGUACUACGCGCUAGUGUCACCUGAAGACGACCACACGGCGGUGCUGUUGAGUCAGGGCACGUUCAGCUGGCACCGGGACCCGGACGGAGACCACGGCGCCACCGCCGGCAGUCUACUCCUGCACAACCUCAAUCUACAGAUAAGAAAGGGCUCGCUGACGGUGGUGGUGGGCAAGGUGGGAUGCGGGAAGAGUUCCCUGCUGGCCGCUCUCACGGGAGAACUCUGCAGGCACAGCGGCGUGGUGUACGUCGCGGACCGCCAGUCCGGUUUCGGCCUGGCGUCGCAGGAGCCGUGGAUCCAGCACGCGUCCAUACGGGACAACAUCCUCUUCGGGAAGGACCACGAAGCCGCCUUCUACCAGGAAGUGAUCGAAGCCUGCGCUCUGUCGGACGACCUCAGGAUUCUGCAGCACGGCGAACGCACGGAAGUGGGAGAGAACGGCGUCACUCUGAGUGGAGGUCAGAAGGCGCGACUGGCCCUCGCCAGAGCUGUUUACAUGGACAAGGACAUCUACCUCCUGGACGACCCUUUAGCGGCGGUGGACGCGCACGUGGCCCGCCACCUCAUGCAGCGUUGCAUCAUGGGGCUGCUGGGCGGGAAGACCCGGGUCCUCUGCACGCAUCGCGCCGAGCUGGCGGAGGGCGCCGACCAGGUGGUCCUCAUGGCCGAGGGGACCGUCGUCAAGACGGGCUCCCCGGCAGAGAUCCUCCCCCUGAUAGAAGCGGCGCCCAAGCAGCAGGAGGAGCAGAAAGCCAAAGAAAAAGGCAAGGAGCCAUCAUGUCUGGCCGACAGCCUUCGCGAGGAGGGGCAGGAGGAGCUGCGGGCUGACGACGGUUGCCAUGACGACCUUUCGGGGGCGGAGAAGAAGGAGGCGGGCGGCCUGGCGUGGAGGGUCUACCGCACCUACUGGACCGCAGUGGGCGGAGCUUUGGCCACGUCCAUUCUGCUGUCCCUGCUGGCCAUGCAAGCCUCCAAGAACGUGUCGGACUGGUGGUUGUCUCACUGGAUCUCGGAGCUGAAGAACAGCACUCACCCCUCGGGCGUCUUCGCCACGCCUCACCUGCUGCUCCUCUCCGCCGCACGCCGGAUGUCGGCCAACCUGAGCGGCGAGGUGCAGUUUUACCUGACAGUCUACGGCUGCAUGGCGGCGGCCAACACCGUCUUCACCGCCCUCAGAGCCUUCCUCUUCGCCUACGGCGCCGUCCGCGCCGCCGCCGUCAUUCACGACAGACUCCUCCAGCGGGUCCUCAAGGCGACGGUGACCUUCUUCGACACCACCCCGCUGGGCCGCAUCCUCAACCGCUUCUCGUCGGACGUGUACGGCGUGGACGACAGCCUGCCCUUCAUCCUCAACAUCCUGCUGGCCAACGUGUCGGGUCUGCUGGGCACGCUGGUGGUGAUGACUUACGGCCUGCCCUGGCUCCUCCUGGCCCUGCCCCCCCUGGCGCUGCUCUACCAGCGCACGCAGCGCUUCUACCGCCACACCUCCAGGGAGCUGAAGCGCCUGUGCAGCGUCACGCUCUCGCCCGUCUACUCGCACUUCUCCGAGACGCUGAGCGGCCUCGCCACCAUCCGGGCGAGCGGCGGCUGUGCCAGGUUUGAGGAGGAGAACGUCCGGCGGUUAGAACUGAACCAGCGCUGCGUGUUCCUGAGCAACGCCGCCAUGCAGUGGCUGGACAUCCGCCUGCAGCUAAUCGGGGUCGUCGUGGUGACGGGCGUCAGCGUGGUGGCGGUCGUCCAGCACCAUUUCCACGUGGUUGAUCCAGGCUUGGUGGGUUUGUCGCUGUCCUACGCCCUGUCCAUCACCAGCCUGCUGUCAGGCCUCAUCUUCAGCUUCACCCAGACGGAGAUGCAGCUGGUGAGCGUGGAGCGGGCGGAGGAAUACUCCAGCCAGCUUCCUGCCGAGCCUCAGCAGCACAACCCGCAGCUGGCUCCUUCGUGGCCGGAAGAAGGCCGGGUGGAGUUUCGCCGCGUGGUCCUGGUCUACAGGGAGGGUCUUACCCCCGCCCUGCACGAUGUCAGUCUGAUGGUGCGACCCGGGGAGAAGGUGGGCAUCGUGGGUCGCACCGGUUCAGGGAAGUCCACUUUGUUCCUCGCCCUGUUCCGCAUGGUGGAGGUCAGCCAGGGACAGAUCUUCCUGGACGGGCUGGACGUCAAGGAUGUGGGCGUGGCCCAGCUCAGGUCCAGGCUGGCCAUCAUUCCUCAGGACCCUUUCUUGUUCAGCGGGACCAUCCGACAGAAUCUGGACCCCUGCCAGCAACACCAGGACCAGCAGCUCCUAGAGGUCCUGGAUCAGUGCCACCUCGGGUCCUUGGUCCACACAAUGGGUGGUCUGGAUGCUAAGGUGGAGGACAGAGGCAGGUCCUUCUCAGUGGGACAGAGACAGCUGCUGUGUCUGUCCAGAGCGCUGCUGACUCAGGCCAAGGUCCUGUGUGUGGACGAAGCCACAGCCAGCGUGGACCAGAAGACGGACAAACUGCUGCAGAAGACCAUCAGAGAGAGGUUCCGUGACAAGACUGUCAUGACCAUUGCACACAGGUUGAACACCAUCAUGGACUCUGAGCGUGUGCUGGUGAUGCAUGCUGGGAAGGUUGUGGACUUUGACACCCCAGCAGCACUUUGCCAGAAGGACGACUCGGUUUUCGGUCAGCUCCUCAGUCAGGUGACCAAGGGACACUAAUAGACUCUAAUAGGACACCGACUGGAUGCCAAAAAUAUACCGACAGAGCAAUGACAGGACAGUCACGGGUUAAUGACAGGACAGUGACGAGACACCGACAGGACAGUCAUGGGACAAUGACAGGACAGUCACGGGUUAAUGACAGGACAGUGACGAGACACCGACAGGACAGUCAUGGGACAAUGACAGGACAGCGAGGGGACAGCAUCGUGACAGUGACAGGACAGUGACAGGACAGGACAGUGAUGGGACAGUGACAGGAUAGUGAAGGUGACAGGACAGUGACGGGACAGUGAUAGGACAGCGACAGUGAUUGGACAAUGACGGGAUAGUGAUAGGACAGUGACGGGACAGUGAUAGGACAGUAUCGGGACAGUGAUAAAACAGUAACAGUGAUAGGACAGUAUCGGGACAGUGAUAGGAUAAUGACAGUGAUAGGACAGUAUCGGGACAGUGAUAGGACAGUGACAAUGACAAGACAGUGACAGUGAUAGGACAGUAUCGGGACAGUGAUAGGACAAUGACAGUGAUAGGACAGUAUCGAGACAGUGACGGGACAGUGAUAGGACAGAUAUAGGACAGUGACAGGACAGACAUAAGACAGUGACAGGACAGUGAUAGGACAGUGACAGUGAUAGGACAGUAUCGAGACAGCGACGGGACAGUGAUAGGACAGUGACAGGACAGAUAUAGGACAGUGAUAGGACAGUGACAGUAAUAGGACAGUGACAGUGAUUUGACAGUAUCGGGACAGUGAUAGGACAGUGACAAUGUCAGGACAGUGAUAGGACAGUAUCGGGACAGUGACAGUGACGGGACAGUUAUAGGAUAGUGACAGGACAGUGACGGGACAGUGAUAGGACAGUGACAGGACAGUGACAGUGAUAGGACAGUGACAGUGAUAGGACAGUAUCGGGACAGUGAUAGGACAGUGACAAUGACAGGACAGUGACAGUGAUAGGACAGUGACAGUGAUAGGACAAUGACAAUGACAGGACAGUGAUAGGACAGUGACAAUGACAGGACAGUGAUAGGACAGUGACAGGACAGUGAAAGUGAUAGGACAGUAUCGGGACAGUGAUAGGACAGUGACAAUGACAGGACAGUGACAGUGAUAGGACAAUGACAAUGACAGGACAGUGAUAGGACAGUGACAAUGACAGGACAGUGAUAGGACAGUGACAAUGACAGGACAGUGAAAGUGAUAGGACAGUAUCAGGACAGUGGCAGUGACGGGACAGUUAUAGGACAGUGACAGGACAGUGACAGUGAUAGGACAGUAUCGGGACAGUGAUAGGACUGUGACAGUGACAGGACAUGACAGUGAAAGUGAUAGGACAGUGACAAUGACAGGACAGUGAUAGGACAGUGACAGGACAGUGAAAGUGAUAGGACAGUAUCGGGACAGUGGCAGUGACGGGACAGUUAUAGGACAGUGACAGGACAGUAUCAGGACAGUGAUAGGACAGUGACAGGACUGUGAUAGGACAGUGACAGUGACAGGACUGUGACAGUGACAGGACAUGACAGUGAAAGUGAUAGGACAGUGACAGGACUGUGACAGUGACAGGACAUGACAGUGAAAGUGAUAGGACAGUGACAGUGACAGGACAGUGACAGUGAUAGGACAAACAUGAAGGAGACUUGAAAGUAUCUUCUGGAGUCGUCCUCAUGUCUGACUUGGUGAAGUCAGAAGAGGACAGAAGAACUCAAGCUGCUAGUGUCACAUGACCGUGUUCCAACGUCACAUGACCGUGUUCCAACGUCACAUGACCGUGUUCCAACGUCACAUGACCGUGUUCCAACGUCACAUGACCGUGUUCCAACGUCACAUGACCGUGUUCCAACGUCACAUGACCGUGUUCCAGCGUCACAUGACCGUGUUCCAACGUCACAUGACCGUGUUCCAGCGUCACAUGACCGUGAAGAUGUCGUGUGGACUGUAAAGCUGCUACUGCACACUUGAGGUUGCCACGGUGACUCCAGAGGACUGCUGACUUCCUGUCCCCGCAGGGUGAGGCACGCAGGUGAGCACCAAAAAGGUCGGUGGUCACGUGGAGACUUGAGUGUUGCGGGUCACUUUGUUGACGUCUCAGGUCAACUACAAAGUCCCUCCAUGGAGCCCAGACCUCCACCAGGGCUGAACUGUUGACAAAAGUGCCAAGUCAGUUGUUUCGUGGACUACUUCCUGCUUCACUGACAAGUGCAACAUCAAAAGAGUCCUUUUAAAUACGUGGAGUGAACCCUCUUGUCAGCCAUCCACGCUCUUUGUCUCUGUGGGUGGAGGCGGUACCGCUAGCACAGAAAGAACAGAUGAAGGUAACAUACUAGCAGGGAUGGCCAAGAUACUUGGAGAAUGUAGUAAUCUAAGCUACUACUUAUAUUUUCCGGCCUAUAGAGCGCAUCCGUAUAUAAGCCACACCCACUAAACCUUUUUCCACAUGUAAGUCGCAGAUAUAUACGUUGUGAAAUAAGUUAUUUACACAAAAUAUUUAACAAAUAUUUAUUUAUAUACCUUAAUUGUUUCCAAACAGUGUCUGUGACACAGCAGUAAAAGGGCUGAUCAAACAAAACAGAAGUCAUGGUCAUGGACCCCAAGGCAGCUCUCCAGUCAGCUAACCAGACGGUGUCGUUUUGAAGAACUUACUGAGUGAUUUGUGAAACUGAAACGAUACAAAAAGAACGUCAUUGUAGGUUAAUAACAUUAACACAGACACUCAUAAACAUGUUAGCAUAUUAGCUCAUGCUAACUACGCUCGCUUGAUUACGUUGCGAUAGCACGCACAAAUAUGCUUGAAAACACUCUGACCGACGUCACACACAGGGUCAGGGCGGUUUAGUAAGUAAGAAUAGUUGUAGUUGUAUUGUAAAACUUAAAAACGUUGCUUGGAGUGACGAUGGAAGAAUCCGUACGAGUAAAAACGCAACGGAUGGCAAGAAGAAUCUACAGUUUUUAGCGUGAAUUACUGUAAAUGGGAACAUAGUACCACUUUUUUUCAUGGUUAAAUUCUGUCGACUGAGCUGCCCUUUUUCACAGUAAACCCUACAAUUGUUUUUACAGUAAAUUAUUGUAAAUAUGAAAACUGUACCACUGAAUGAAUUAUUGAAGGUUUUUAAUGGUAAAAUUCUGCCAAUUUUUUGUUAUCAUAAAAUGUUUUUUGAAAGUCUCUUGCCGUCGUUGUGCGGGUUCAAUGCACCACCCAGGAAGGACAUGCUUUUGAGCAAGUUUGACUUCUUUAUUUUGAAAUAAAUCUGUUAUUUGUUUGGGUGGAGGCGCUACCGCUAGCACACAAACACAGAAAGAACAUUUGAAGGUAACAUACUAGCAGUAAUGGGCAAGAUACUUGGAGAAUGUAGUAAACUAAGCUACUACCUAUAUUUUCCGGCCUAUAGAGCACAUCGGUUUACAAGCCACACCCACUAUACUUUUUUCCACAUAUAAGUCGCAGAUACAUACGUUGUGAAAUUAGUUAUUUACACAAAACAUUUAACAAAUAUUUAUUUAUAUACCUUAAUUGUUUCCAAACGGUGAUGAUGGGAAAAUAUUAGUACUUUUUUUUCACGGUGAAAGUCUGUCGACUGAGCUGCAAUUGUUCUCACGGUAAAAUCUACAGUUGUUGAUUUUACGGUGAAUUAUUGUAAAUGUGAAAACUGCACCGCUGAACGAAUAAAUGAAGGUUUUUUUAAUAGUAAAA